AUGCUGGGCCGUCCCACCGAGCUCGUCCAUCAGUUGGUAAUGGCCCCCAAGGCUACCACCGCCGUGCGACGACGUUGCCGACCUCCUGCACCAUGGACCCCCACGACGUCCGCGAUCAGCGCAGCCAAACCACCGGUCCACGACCUCGUCGGUGCACCUUGUCCACUCUCGAACUUACGCCCCGUCUACUAUGCGCCUUUGUUCCCGGAAUUGCACGAGUCUCCGUCAACUACAAGGUCCCCACACCCUUACUCCCUCGCCGAGUUCCCCUCGACAUCGCCAUCGCCAUCGCCCUCGUCGCUGUCGCCUUCAUUCGCAGCCCAUCAACAUCGCCUCCAAUCGCUCAAAGCCAAGUUCCAUGCUCAGGAUCUCGAGUACCGUCUAAAUCUCUACCGUCUCGACGCGCUCAACCAAAACUUUUGGGCACGUACAAACGCCGACUUCCUCGCCGCAAGAGAACGCUGGCUGUGUCAACAUUAUCCCCUGGCCGGCCGUAACGAGCGAGAUGUCGACCUGUCCUCUUUUUAUGUGCAACACCUAGCCGCAACCAAGCAUGCGUACCAAAUGUACAACGCAGAAUUGUGGAGGGCUACCGCCCGAAUGAUGUGGCCUGCGCUCAAGGCCGCCAGGAGAAAGUGGCGCUGGAAGUGGGAGGUAUGGAAGCAUGCUCGGUGGGGUGGUUGA